AUUCUGAAGACAUGGCUGCAGCUGCAAGACGAAUAGGUAAAGUGUCACUGAAGAACACAGCGUUGCUGUUGUGUGACAUGCAGGAGAAGUUCCGUGGAAAUAUAAUGUAUUAUCCACAGAUUAUUGAGGUGGCCAGGAGAAUGCUGGAAGGUGCGAAUGCACUAGACAUGCCGGUGAUUGUCACAGAACAGUAUCCCAAAGGUCUUGGACACACUGUGUCAGAAUUAGAUGUUAGUCAACUGAAGGUUUUUCCUAAAACCCAUUUUUCCAUGUUAAUUCCAGAGGUUGUGGAUCAUAUAAAAACAAUGAAAGAUAUUAACUCUGUGAUGAUUUGUGGUAUUGAAAAUCAUGUGUGUGUGCAGAACACAGUCCUUGACCUUCUAGAAGACAAUUUUGACGUCCAUAUUGUAGCAGAUGCCUGCUCAUCUCGAUCUAUGACAGAUAGGAUGUAUGCCUUUCAAAGAAUGAAGGAUGCAGGGGCAUAUCUAACGACCAGUGAGAGUAUGCUUCUAGCGCUAGUGGGAGGAGCUUCACAUCCGCGAUUUAAACAAAUCCAGAAAAUUAUCAUGACUUCUGCACCAGACACAGGACUGCUUACGACUAUCAAAGGAGAAACUGCUGUGUGAUUUUCAUUAAUGAAAGUAAACUUCAUGAAUCAAUGAACUUCCUAUAAUGACUCAAAUAAGUGCCAAUUUUGUAAUUAUACACAAGUUGCUAUGGAAAAUAUUUUUCCAUGGCAAGAUUAAUUUUAUUUCAAAACAUUAAAAAGAAAUAUUUUGCCUUUCUAAUCUCAUUUAAUUUUGCAUUAAAAUUUGAUUCCUGAAAGUGCUAUUUGUCAGCUUAAUCCUGUUUAAAUUUUCCCAAACUUGGAAUGGUUGUGGACUGGA